AUGUCAAGAGAUUCUUCCGUCCAGAACACAAGAGCAUUAUUGCCUGAAACGACAAGCUUAGAAUUCCGAGACGAACCAGCUCUCUUAACAUCUUCCCAGAAUGACGAGUCGACAAAGUGCUUGGCUCAUUGUGAGCCAUCUUGUGAGAAGCUGGAUAUACCGGCAUAUUUAAGGGUAAGCAAUCAGAAACAAUGGUCAUAUUUUAUGGCAAUUCGCGAAACAAACUGCUCCUUAGGUUAUUUCAAUAGAUUUACAGAGUCUUUUAGGCUGCAAAAUACAACCCAGACUGCCGUAUGAAAAACAUCCAUAUCUUGUAGUUUUUUUUCGCUUGUAAAUUUUAAUUUUGGAGUAAAAAGAUGAAUGAUUCGAAGGACUGACCUUGCUUUUCUUGUCUAAAUAUAGUUGGAGGGAAGUUUUCACAAAUUUGAGGACACGCCAAUCAACUGCGUUUUGGGAUCGACAGUGGUGUUCAAGAAGACUCCCAGAUAUCGAUGCAAGUUCCUGGCGCUCUAUCAGUUCGACUGUUGUCGAGCCUGCAAUGCUGUCUCUGCUAAAUGCAUGAAAUCUGUUGGAAGUUAUAGCGGUGGUCCCGAGUUCUGCUAUCGUAACGCUUACAAGUGCAUGUGUAAAUGCUUGGAGAAGCAUACCCCUUUAGAGAAUUAUUACCCCUGA